UAAUGUACUGAUGCCCUCUGCUGGACAAACUAAAAAUGUUCAUAUCUUUGCUAGAUGAUUAAAUUAAUGUGGUAUAGCUGACUGGCACAAAAAAGUAUAAUUCUAAGUUGUUCAUGUCUUCAUGUAUGUGAGAACUCUGGAUUCUGCAUUCAAAAGCCAACAAACUGGGGAGCUCAAUAUUUACGACAUGCUCAGAGGUCCUGUAUUGUAUCAUAUUCAAUAGGUCAGAGAUUUCUUGGCUGAAAGCUGACUUUUGUCCCUGUUUUAUAUGUAUUAUAAAGUUAGAAAUAUAAUACAUAUACAUGAUAAUUAACAAAACAACUAAUAGUGAAUAGAUAAUUCAUAAAAUGCAGGAAAUGAUAAUGAUAGAUAUCCUGCUCUGGCCACUGAGAGAUCACAGACUGCAGAGCAUGAGGGACCAAAGAGGUGGGGACUGAGAGGAACAGGAAGUGAGAAUCAUGUUAAAAAGAGCUGGACCCUCUAAAUGAUGCAUACACACAAACAAGCUGGCCUCACACGCAUAUGGCUCCCACUCAGCUACUCUUCCUCUCCAUCAUCUUCCUCUCUGUACGACCAGGUGCUGAUUCUGUGUCCACUGUGAGUAAAGUGGAUUUACAGAGCGGAAGAUCUGUCACCAUCCCAUGUCACUAUGAUAAGAAAUAUGAAAACAAUGUGAAAUACUGGUGUCGGGGGUCAAAUUGGAACAUAUGUCAUACUGCAGUACGCACUGACUCUCCAACAGUCAGAGGUGACACAUCAAUCACUGAUGACCCCACCCAUCAUGUCUUCACUGUUACCAUAAAAUAUCUGAUGUGGCGGGACACUGGAUUUUACUGGUGUGGUGUAGAAAUCAAGGGGGAUGGUGGUGAGUACAAACAUCUGCACCUGUCAGUCACUGCAGGCACUCCUGGACUCUGGGUUGACCAGCAGGAGGUGACCAGUGUGGAAGGGGGCCAUGUCAGUGUGCAGUGCCACUAUAAUGAAUCGAGCAGCAUGAAGAAGUGGUGCAGGGCUGAGGGCUCCUGUGUGGAAGUGAAUUCUUCUAAAUCUGGAAGAGCAGAGAUCGAAGAUGACCGUUCUAAAAAGGUAUUCAUUGUGACGAUGAGGGAGCUGAACAGGGAGGACACAGGCUGGUAUUGGUGUGUGAAUAGAGAACUAGAGAUCCCUGUUCACAUCACUGUCACUCAGAAAACUACAACUACUACAGUCACCUCAGAUACCACCACAUCUCUCUCUCGACCCCAAGAGAACAACAAAUUGACCAGGACAGCAGAAGCACCUUCAACUGUCCAGAAAACCAGUUGUCCGGAACACGGAAGCCAGCCGUGUUCCAGUGCACCGGCGAGCUUGGAACGGACUCUGGGGCCGCUACGCCAUACCGGGGUUGCUUUGGUGUUCCUAAUAUGCUCCGCCGUCGCCUUUUGGAAGAUUUGGCGAUACCGCAGGGCACAGCACUCGAGAGAGAACAGAGAAGACGUGGGACGUUACUCCAUAAAAAUAACACCGAUGUAGAGUCGCUCUGAUGUCAUCAUCGCCAGAAUCGUUCCAGCCUCAGCUUUAACACCUCAAUAUCUGCACGAAUCACCGUAUUACCACAGUUCUUAUCCUAUUUGUAUUGUGUAGAGGGGAGUCAAACUGGGACUCAGAAAAGGCUGGCAUUUGAACGAGCCUGCAGGCUGGGACUAAUCCUGGACUUCAAAGAACCCAGAGCCGUGUGCUAAAACAAUAAGUUACUCGGACUUCCUCGGGAUGAGCAGGCCAUUUGGCUCUCUGGAAUGUUGCCAUCUGGACAGACUAAGAUAAGGGGAACUAUUCUCUUUGUUUAUGGUUGUGGGGGUGUGUGUGUUGGGGGCCAUUAAGGGUAAAAAGAUCAUCAGGCCUCUGGCAAAAUGGUGGGGCAACUGCGCUUGACAGUACCACAGUGCCCUUAUGUGGUCCCUUCUGUCAUUACACUUUUUAUUUCUUUUCUGGAUCUGGACUUUAAACCAUCUGUUUAUCCUUUACCAACACCGGAAAACCGUACAAACCAUGCACAUGUUUUCUUUGUAUUACUGUAUUAUUCCUUAUGUAAUAAUAACAUGGAUUGCAUGUAAAAUGGUUCAACAAAAGGGUAUUUUCAUGACAAUUGCACCAUAAUAUUUCAUCCCCUGGACAUGUUUGGUAUGGGCGUAUUCAGGGAAAUUCAAAAAAUUGAAUGAAAUAUGUUUCAUACCAAAUAACAUUUAAUAAAACAUAAUUUCAGAAACUCAGGGGAAAACUAUCACAAUGGAAUGUCCUCUCUGGUAAUCAUCUCCUUUUCCCGAUUUCCCCACUAAUUGUUUUAACAGCAGCCUCCAAAUGGUGGGGGCCGAAAUUCCAGAUUUAUUAUUCGGCCAGGUUAAUUUAUGGCAAUGCCGCCUCGAUCAAACGCGGGAUUUGGCCUAAAAGGAAGGGAGACAAUCCUGUCAAGGAAGGUCGCAAUCGACUUCCCACACUGCGCAGACUCUGUGUUUUCGUGUGUAGCUGAACAGGCUGGGUAAGAACGUUUUACUCUGUAUUUAUAUUUUUAAACCUUCCGUAUUUUAUAAUUGAUUGUGAAUUUGAAGCUAAUGACCUACCUGCCUGUUAAAUAAAUUCUUCUUAUUUUUAACUUG